AUGGCCACUGCAACUGAUGAUACCUUGACCAAGGUGUCUACCGAAGCUGCCACCGAGCUGAUCAACAGCUUCUACCCUGCGCUGAAGAACGACCGCAGCUCCAUCGCCUCUUUCUACCUUCCUACACCCACGAGCAUCCUCUUCAACGGCAACACGGUCGCCGAUGGCGCCGCUGUCCAGGAUAUCUUUCUAAAUCAGAUGCCCGAAGCAUUCUACGAAGUGCUGUCCUUUGACUGCCAGAUCAUCAACCGCGCAUAUCCGACCACAACCGCCACAGGGAUCAAGCCAACUUCCGAGAUGACCGUCAAGGACAUGUCUGUCCUCGUCAUGGCCAGUGGAAAUGUGCGGUAUGGAGAGAACCGCGACCAGCCCGCGCGCGGGUUCAGCGAGACCUUUGUGCUGGUUCCAAACCCGAGCUCGGAUCGCAAGCGCCGGCGGGACUGGCUGAUUCAGAGUCAGAAUUUCCGUCUGGUUGUCUAA